CCCCAGUUGGGGAUAUUCGUUACGGUUGGCCCUUCUGUAAAAUGACAGUUGUCCAAAAUACAAACAUAUCAACCGUUUUAAUUAUCAUAAUUUAGUAAAAUGUCGUGUUUUAAUUGCUAUUCGGAGCGAAAACUUGAUUCAGAUUUAAUUGAUAAGAUCCUAGAGCGUGGUCAGAGACUUAGAAGUGCCAUGGUACAGUCCAUUUUGAGACACGACCCUUUGAACCUGGAUGUUAUAAAUGAUCAAGUGAAAAAGCCUACAAAACUGGAUGAUUUGCCCCAUGAUUCAAAUAGCAAAAUUCGAGCUUUUUUGCAAGGGGACCCACUGUCUCGAGAGGAGGAAAUCUGGGCUCUUGAAACGUUGAGGUCAAUGUCAGCGACUGAUCUUUGUAAAGUUACUGAUAGGACGUACCGAAGCGAAGAACCUUGCGACUGUCUUACUUGCCACGAGUAUAGAGAAAAAGACUUGAAUUGUGAUUUAAAACGUGUGGAAAACUCGAAUGAAAUCACCGAAAAAAUUCAGCAACGAUACAAAAAUGAGUUUGCAAAUUACAUAAAGUUUGUUGAUUCUGUGAAAGUUUCUGUAAAUAGUGUGUUAUUAAAUGAAGCCGGGGACAAAAAAGUACUAAAUAGUUUAAUUAAGGACAAAGCAUCAAGUGUAGGUCAGAAUUUCUUCUUGGAAUAUCAGAUUCCCGAAAUUCUGGUGAGAAAUUCCCCCAAAAAUAAAUCUAAAGUUGAUUCGGGGCUUGACUCUGGGAAUUUAGUAAGACUCUGCACUCGAAGAUCUCACCAAGUGGUCAAUUUUAAACAAACUUCAAUUCACGAUAUUGAGAAUUUAAGCAGAGUUAAGUUGGAAGAUGCGAUAAUUACAUUUCGUUUAAGUUUUCGUAAUUUUAAGCAAAAACAACCGAUUACGUUGGGAGUUGCACAUUUUAAUUUUAGUUCGUUUCAAGUCUCUAAAAAUUUUACUUGCAACCAAGAGCUGACUCUUAGAUUGCAAGGAAACGCCCCUAUUGUUGUUGGGGGGCUCAAAAUAUCGGUUCAGUUAGGCUGUGGCCGGCUUUAUUUCGGCAAAGAAUUCAUAGACGCUAUCACUAAUAAUAAAGAGAAUUCAAUCGCUUUAGGAAGCGACGAUUUAAGCAGUCCGGAAGCUACAAUGUUUGAUUUUUAUUCUCCGAGUGUCACCCAAAAAUCCACUCAAAAAACAUUUGAGGCGUUUGUACCGAAAUUGUUACCUCGAAGUAACCGAAAACCUGAACCGAUUGCUCGAAAACCGGAUUCGGCGAAGCCGGUUACUCGGGAACCUAAAUCAGCAAAACCGGUUGUAGAAAUUACUCCAAAACCGGUUAUACAAAUUACUCCAAAACCGGUUUUGUUCGGUUUCAUUUACAUUUCUGAGGCCCUUUUCAGUAGAGAAGUGAUGAAUUCGUAUUUGACGUGUCAAAUGUUUGCUUUAGACGAAGUUUCUAGUAGCAAAUUGGUGGCUUUUGAUUCGAAUCCAGUUUAUAAUUUUUCCCAGCAAAUUCCGCUGAUUUGUGAGGAGGAUUUUUUAUUCAAACUGCGUGAGAAUUUUAUGGUGGUAGAAUUUUUCGAAAAAGGCCAAUCGAAGGAUUUUUUAAUCGGACUUGCGAAACUUCCUUUGCACCAAUUUUAUCUGGCUUAUAGAAAUUCUGUGAUUGUGAAGUAUUUAUCUGAGAGAAAACUUCCUGUAAUCGGAACUGACGGUUGGGAGUCAGUUUUUAAUCCCAGUAAUGGUGAAGUGGUAGGUCAAGCUCAAAUCCUCCUCGCUCUAGGGACGAAAGAACAAAUAGAAAACCUCGAGAGUGAGAGAGGAUUUAAGAAAAACACAGUCAAGGCAAAAACUCCAGUCAGGAAAAAAAUUAAUGUUGCAACACAAUCAGAAAUGGAGCCUCAAAAAGACAUCGAAUCUGUGCACAAUCAAAAAACGAAUUCUGUAGUUGAAACAAGCACAAACACCGAACUCGAAGUCCGAAGUACUUCCGAUCUCCUCGACACAUUACACAAGGCCUUAUCCUUGGAAAACUCUAAAGAAAAAGACCUCGACUCGUUACAAAAGGCCUUCAUCGACAACGUCAAAGACCAUUUCAGAGCUCACAUUGCAAUAAACAGCGCUUUACACUUGCCCAGUCGUCGAAAAUGCAAAUCGAAGAAAUCCAAAGCCCGCAAUGGCAAACACGAAGACAUCCUCCCGAGUACUUACGUCACGUUUGAAAGUUUUAAGGGCGAAUUAAAAAUAACCCCAAUUGUACCCAAAAAUACAUCCCCAAAAUGGGACUUUAGGUGUGACGUUUCGUUACCUGUGGAGUAUUUAACAGACAAUCAGAAAUUUCUGGUGUUUAAAGUUUGGCGCAAAUCAACAAAUACGACGAUGACACCCAACAUGCAAGUUGAUCACGUGAUCGGUUUUGCAACCGUUGAUUUGACCGUGCUGUCGGCAGGUCUGCCAAGUGUGCAAGGGUGGUUCAAUAUCAACGACUUGUCAAAAAAAUGCAACGGACAAAUUAAUAUACACGUGACCCCUUUGGAAAAUGUGAUGAAGUAUCGGGCACGAGAGUGCUGCGAGGGUGAGCCGUCGAGUCCCUCUCAGCCCCCUGAGGCUCCUUUCGAGCCCGGCGAACUUUUAGGGCGCGCCCUCAAGCGAAAAUUCACCGAAUUGGAUGAAAUUACUCAGAGAUUAAGACUGCGCCUCUCGAAGGUGACAAAUGACGAAUCAGACACCUCGAAUGAUGAAAUUGCCGACGAGUUUGAACGCGAUAUUAACACACUUUGUGUGGAGGACGAUUUCGACAUGGUUGAUUUCGAGAAAGAGGCCGAGAAGUUUAAUUUCCAUCACACUAAAGACACCGAAGUGGGGUUGUUACAGACUGAUCAGAAUUUGGAAGGGAAGCAGAAAAUCGACCAUCUGUUGGAAAAACUGAGCUUGAUUUCGGGUGAAAUGUCAAGUAGAUAUGUAUCGGGGUGUUCUGACGGCCGAUAUGACACUGAAACGCUUCUGAAUGAUUUGGAUAGUGGCUCGAGGCCGAAUCUGCAUUCGGGAGUUUCGUUCAGUCGGGAAAUGUCUGAAAGGUUCGGAGAUUUUGAUUCAGGAAGGUCGGGACCGGACGGAGAGGGACACAGCAAUAUUGUAAAAAGUGAUCAACAUUUAAUAUAAAGGUCUAAAUAAUUUUCUAAGCGUAA